GAGCGUUCCGGCCGCGGAGGGCAUGCGCGGGGGGCGGUACAGUGCGCAUGCGGGAAGAUGGCGGUCCAGGCGACCUGAGAGGCGCGGGUUUCCCUCCUCCUGUCUCGUCUGCGGCCGGAGCUCCAGGGCACGUGAAGCCGUGGCGCGUUUUCCCGCAGGCGGGACGGCCUAGCCGGGCGGCGCCUCGGAGCAGGCCGCAGACCCGUUAAGUGCUGGGCCCUUGGAAAUCGGCGCUUGGGGGGCGGCGCUCGAGCUAGGCGCGAGAGGGCGGGAGAGCUCUCGGGGUGCGAGGGGAGCGGGACGCCCGGCUGGGCAACAUGAGUCAGCAGCGGCCAGCGAGGAAGUUGCCCAGUCUCCUACUGGACCCGGCGGAGGAGACAGUUCGCCGUCGGUGCCGAGACCCUAUCAACGUGGAGGGCCUGCUGCCAUCAAAAAUAAGGAUUAAUUUAGAAGAUAACGUACAAUAUGUGUCCAUGAGAAAAGCCCUAAAAGUGAAGAGACCUCGUUUUGAUGUAUCACUGGUUUAUUUAACUCGAAAGUUUAUGGACCUUGUCAGAUCUGCCCCGGGGGGUAUUCUGGACUUAAAUAAGGUUGCAACAAAACUGGGAGUCCGGAAGCGGAGGGUUUAUGACAUCACCAAUGUCUUAGACGGCAUCGAACUCGUUGAAAAAAAAUCCAAGAAUCACAUUCGGUGGAUAGGAUCUGAUCUUAGCAAUUUUGGAGCAGUUCCUCAACAAAAGAAGCUGCAGGAGGAACUUUCUGACUUAUCAGCAAUGGAAGAUGCUUUGGAUGAGUUAAUUAAGGAUUGUGCUCAGCAGCUGUUUGCGUUAACAGAUGACAAAGAAAAUGGAAGACUAGCAUAUGUGACAUAUCAAGACAUUCAUAGCAUUCAGGCCUUCCACGAACAGAUCGUCAUUGCAGUCAAAGCUCCAGCAGAAACCAGAUUGGAUGUUCCGGCUCCCAGAGAAGACUCCAUCACAGUGCAUAUAAGGAGCACCAAAGGACCUAUCGACGUCUAUUUGUGUGAAGUGGAGCAGGCUCAGACAGGUAACAAAAGGGCUGAAGGUGUCGGGACUUCUUCAUCUGAGAGCACACAUCCAGAACGCCCUGAGGAGGAAGAAAAUCCUCAGCAAAGUGAAGAGUUGCUUGAAGUAAGCAACUGAUGGCAUUUGAGAAUUUCUGUAUUACCGAGUUUUUGGGGAACAUUUUUUGUGGAGAAUUACGUAUCAACUUUGAUUCUCGGAGCAAUAAAUUAUCCAUGAAGUGCUCUCUGCCCUCGUCUCAGUAGCCGCAUCAUGGCCGGUAGUGUCUUUGAGGAGCUCACCACUUAGAUGGCUGAGGAAUUGUGCUUUCCACAUUUGAAAACAACUCAUUUUAUAAUUAUUCACUGCUUUUUGUCAGUGAAAUAGACAUCUUGCCUCCUGAAAUAGCUUCAUCACAGAGUGUCAUGAAAACAGACGGUCAGGCUGAACUGGACAGUUCUUCUUGGACUCUGCUCUUCCCUUCAAGGAGUAUGUCAUAUAUCACAAAAGAAAUUGCCUUACACUGGUUCACACUUGCAGUUACUGUUGUACAUUCGAUAGAUGUACACAUGAAUUUAAAUGUGGUGUCUUUGUAUAUAUCUGUAUAAUGUUUAGGUUACUUACAAAUACGUCUGAGUGACACUUUUCACACUUGUACAGCCAAAAUAAUGUAUAUAUGGAAAGUGACAAAUUCUCUAAUUUCUUUGGUAUCUGUAACUUAUUAGAAUCCUCUGGAUGAGGGUUAAAGAAGAGUUUUUCCAAACUUCUACAUGUAGAAGUAUCAUAAAUGUGCUACACAUUUAUGUUUGUGGAUUUAAUUAAAGUAUUUUAAUACGGUUCCCAGUGCCGACAUUGGAGUUGGAUACUUCUUGGUUUCAAACUGUCUACCUGCUUGCUGUCUCCCAGCAGGCUGCUGGCAUGCCCAGUGGCUUUGGGGGCAGGUAAGAGAAAUGCCAUCAGGUGACAGCUGAAUUCAUUGUGAAACAUGAAUUCAGUCAUGGUGAAAAUUGGAAACUCUUUUAAGGUUUUUGCAAGCAGCUUUUAUAAUGUUUGUGUAUGCAGCCUUGCUCUUCAGUCAGAGGGGUUUUACUUAGGACAAGUUGUACCUUGCCCUCUCUCCAGCUCCACUCCCACAUUUUCACGUACCUAGCUAUUUCUACCUCAUUGGGUAAGUCAUUUACCACUCUGUGCCUCAGUUUACUCUAGUUUACCAUUAGACUGUGAGCUCCUUGAGGGACUUUGUCGUAAUCACUGUUAUAUCCCAGUGCCUCGCACCAUGCCUGGCCCUUAAGAAGUGCUCAGUAAAUGUUUGAACAAAUAAGUGAGUAAAUUGUAAAAUCAGACUAAUAAUAUCUGUUUUGUCUAUCAUACAAGAUUCCUAUAUCUUUUGAAUUCAGAUUUUAAACCUUGCUUUUAAAGAAAUAUUUGAAGCAACUUCAAAUUCAGACUGUGUUUAAAAAGAUUGAAAAUCGGGAUCCAAAAAGUAUUAACAAAUAAUGCUGAGUGUUUAGGAUCCACACACCUCUGAGCUCUGGUGGCUUUUGCCAGUCCUGUCCCUCUGCUGAGCACCAGCGCUUCCUGCAGCAGUGCACUUCCUGCUGGCGUGUUUGUGUGCACCUGGGGAUGCACUGUACUUCUCCCCCAGUGGUGAGCCUCAAUGCUUUUCCUCUUUCUGUUUUGUUAUUUGAAAUUAGCCAAAGAAAAGCUGCAGGGGGCACUGCUGUUCAGAAUCGGACUGCUUGGUUGUACUGUUUGACAGAAUAAGGAAUACAGGAGGAAGGGGAGGCCUAGGGUAAAAAUUAGGUUUGGGACGAGCUUGAUGACAACAGUAGUUUCUGCAGGUCACUCUGUGUCUAGUUCAGGUGCUUGUGGAAAGAUAGGUUGGGCAGAUAUCAAUUGAGAUGUGGUAGUUUAAACUGAUGAGUAGGAGAGGUUAUCUAAAGAGUAAAGCAGGCCCAAGGGCAUCUAUAUUUAAGAGAAAUACAGGAAGUCUCCUAAGAAGAAGUAAUGGGGUGGGUGGGGAGGGAGAAGGCUGCGUCCCAAAAACCAACAAAGGUCUUACCAAAGGUGAUCACGCCUCAUUUCUGAGCAGCAGUUUCUUACUUGUGAAAUGUGACAAAUGUUCUUUACAAAUUGUUCUGAAAGUAAAAUGAGAUCAUGUAAACGAAAAUCCUCUGUAAAUUACAGAUGUGUGUUACAAAUGAAGUAUCUCUCGAGUCACUCCA